AUGACCGCCUCCUUUCCGUCAUGGAAGGACCGCACACAGAACCAGUUCGGGAAGCUUCAGAUCCAGGUGCCAUGGCGAUCAUUCCAGCUUCUUGUGCCUCAUCGCAUGCGCCGCAAGAUCCGGUCCAAGUUGCGGAGUCGAUUAUCGCCCACCUCGUCCAUCUCGACCCUACAGACCUCGUUCUCGCCCGUCGACACCCUCCGAUCCUUACAGGCCCACCGAUGGACCUUGUAUGACUUCCAGUAUCUGUUGCUGUUGAUCGUCGGCAUCUUCUCUUUGACCGUCAUUCAAUCCCCCGGUCCGCUUGCGAAGACCGCCAUUGCUACCAUGCUCCUCUUCUCCCUACUCCUGCCUAUCACCCGCCAAUUCUUUCUGCCCUUUCUGCCGAUUGCUGGCUGGUUAAUCUUCUUCUACGCGUGCCAGUUCGUUCCCAGCGAUUGGCGGCCUUCCAUCUGGGUGCGGGUGUUGCCGGCUAUGGAAAAUAUCUUGUACGGUGCCAACAUUAGCAACAUCUUAUCCGCUCACCAAAACGUGGCUCUCGAUGUGUUGGCAUGGAUACCAUAUGGGCUCUGCCAUUAUGGGGCUCCCUUUGUCGUCUCUCUUAUCCUAUUCAUCUUCGGGCCGCCAGGCACCACCCCGCUCUAUGCGCGGUCCCUUGGAUAUAUCAGCAUGAUGGCCGUCACCAUCCAGUUGGCGUUUCCCUGCUCGCCUCCAUGGUAUGAGAAUCUGUACGGCCUCGCCCCGGCCGACUACUCGAUGCCCGGAAAUCCCGCCGGUCUGGCUCGCAUCGACAAGCUGCUUGGAAUCGACCUGUACACUUCGGGCUUCCACCAGUCGCCCGUGGUCUUUGGGGCGUUCCCCUCGCUCCAUGCCGCCGAUUCUACGCUGGCAGCUCUGUUCAUGAGCCAUGUCUUCCCGCGUCUCAAGUUCCUCUGGGUUACCUACACCCUAUGGAUGUGGUGGGCCACCAUGUAUCUUUCUCACCACUAUGCCGUGGACCUGGUCUGCGGUGGUCUGCUGGCCACGGUGGCUUUCUACUUUGCCAAGACCCGAUUCCUGCCUCGCAUGCAACUCGACAAGCACUUCCGCUGGGACUAUGACUACGUCGAGAUCGGUGACACCUCGCGCGAGUUUGGUUAUGACCUCGCCAGUUUGGAUGGCGAUUUCAACUUGGACAGCGACGAGUGGACCGUGGGCUCUUCCUCCUCCGUAUCUUCGGGCUCACUCAGCCCCGUGGAUGACCACUACACGUGGGAGAGCGAGACCUUGACCUCGAACCAUUCGGGUCACGACCUCGAGGCUGGACGCUAA